GGGUCCCUCAUGGGGGCCGGACCGGGCCCUCACCCCGGGGCGCGUGCGGCCGCCCCGCGCAUGCGGGCUGGGGCCGCGGGGGCGGUGCGGCCUGAGGGGCCGCGGCCGGGGGUGGCUGCGGGGGCUCGGGUUGCCAUGGAGCGGGGCCGCAGGGUCCGCGCCCCCUGCCCCGGGAAAGCACCGCGGAAGAAGCGCCGUGCCUCCCCUCUGCCGGGGGCUCUCCCGGGCAGCCGCGCCGGUGUCUCCCAGAUGUGCCGGCGGCGCCUGUUUGGGAGCGCGGGGCCUCGCGGGCCCGAGCCUGCCUGCCUGCAGAAAAAGUUCAGUGGGAAAAAUCUACCAAAAAUUAAAGAAAACGUUGAAUAUACUGAAGAGAGCUCUUCAUGCAACCAAAGUAAUCAAGUGACUGUCAGAGAAACAACAGAUUUCAAGAUAAAAGAAAAGGAACCAGAAGAAAGAAGUGUCCCACUGAAGGAAUCCAAAAUAAUCAACUUUGAAAGUAAAGGAUGUUUGAAAAAUGCUGAAGUGACGUCAAGUACAGAAAUUACUCUUCCCACAGGUGUUUCCACCUUUCUGAUAGAUUGUUUAGAUGAAGAUUCAGCUGCAGAUUAUAGCACUGCUAGCAACAGCCUGAAGACUUUUUCAUCCCCUGAAGCAUUCAGAGAUGGCAGCCUGAAGACUUAUUCAUCCCCUGAAGCAUUCAGAGAUGAUGAUUUGGAAAGUGGCAAUUUUUACUCCAUGGACCUUGGCAAGUACAAGAACUCUACUCUCCUGGACUCCAGCAAAGCAGUGACCAUAGAUAAGAUACCACAGAUCUCAAAUCUUUCAGCAAUAUUAGAACCUGUACCAGAGGAUUUUCCAGACCGAUGCAUGGCAAGAAAGAGAUCAUCAAAUUGCUAUUACAGUUCUUCAGCAGUAAGCAUUUCAACUACACUGACAGGAAAAAAACUCUGUAAAAUAACAGCUGCAAGAGAGAGAACUCCAGACCUAAAAAGUGGUAUGCACUGUUCUUCAUCAUUAGGACCGGAAAGCAAGCAUGAUAAACAAACAGCUAAAGCCAAAAGACGGAAGAAAGGAAAAAGCAGUUUUAAUUCCUUAGAAGAAGGUUCAUCAUUGUUUAGGCAGCUUGAUGCUCCAGAAGACAUGUCAGUCAGAUCAAAGGGGUUGACAGCAGAAGUUCUGCCAACCAAAUGCACAGAUGCUGUGGAGCAAAUGACUUCCACCAUGCUAAUCAUGGAGGAAAACAAAGUCCUAAAAAAUUCUGGUAACGCUCAGCCUCUAGAACUAGAUUUUAGCUUGUCGCCGGUGUAUAAAGCCUCACCUGGGGAAGACCUGUUCCUGAAUACCACAGGUCCAUUUGUAAAUUCAGAAGAAAUUGGUCCUGUGUCUCUGAGCUCAGAAAAAGAAAUUAUUCCUCAAAGUCCAGAAGAAAAGAAUAUUUUAAAGCCUCUGUGUGACAGACAAGAAAUCUGCUCCAUUGUUAGAAUGUCACCAGGCCAGAGGCCUUCCCAGCUCCAGCAAGUUCCAAUUAACUGGAAAGAGUUCUGCCUUCCCAAAGGAGUACCUGAAGAUACUAUUACAAGUACCAAAAAUUGGAUCUACUGUAAACAAAGAUGAGAUUUUUGGCUCUCAGCAGGAGUUCACAGAAGAAAUGACCAUCUUGCUGCUGUGGCAGGGUGGUAAAACAGAACUCCUAACUAGUGAAUAAUGGUUGUAUUUUUUUUUUUUUUAUGUAUGUUGUUUGAAAUUUAGUAUUACGUGUUUCAGUAAGCUAGUAAAUACUCAAAUACUUUAUAUUAAAUUAUUUUGUACAGCAGCUAGAUCCUGUUCUGGGCAUUAUUCUGUAAGGAUUCCAUAAAGAUGAUUCUUCAGUUUGUUUCAGACUUAGAUAAAGUAAAUGCCUUACAUGAAUGCCCACAAUGGUGGGAAAAACUCUUUUAUAGCUGAACUGUUUGAAGAGAUGGAUAUUGACAUUCUGGAAUUUCAGGUUACUGCUCACACUGUGUCCACACAAGUCAAAUUCCCAGGGCUUCCUGUUCAGCUUGUGGAUUGUUAAUUCAUAAAUGUUGUUCUUAAUGUGCAGAAUGUCUCAGAAAACAUUGUCAAGAACACAUUUUUUUCCACUGGAAUUCAUUACACAUUAAAGUAAUUUGGACUCCUACAGUGUUUUUACUACAAUCCUUUACUCAGAUUUUAUCUGAACAAAAAGGAAAUUUUUCAGUGUUUCAGAAUGCUGGUAUGGCUUUGAAAAGUCUGAGUUUGUUUCUCAGUGUUAUCAGCCUGGAAAAUAGUUUUGUAUUUCCAAAAAGAGCAUGACAAGAAGACAUACAAAAUCCGCAACUGUAGUUUGCAUUUGAAAAUACCUGUGAAAGUUCAAACCCUGAUCUUUUCUCCAUUGCUCUGGGGUAGAAGGAAGUGCAAAUAAUUGCUGCUGGAUUAGUUUGUGAACAAGUAUUAUAUAAACAUUCUAAAUGGCUCACGGUUAAAAAUUAUGCUAUUAAGCUAUUUUUCUUUUAAGCAUUAGUAGAAUGAGUUCUGCCAAUAACUCCUUGGAGUCCUGUCAGGUAUGCUUUUAAUUAUCAAUAUCCUUGUUCUUGCAAGUCUGCUAAAGUCACUAGUAAUUAUGCGAGAAUCUAGAGCCCCUAGGAGACAGAGGUGAGCUCCUUGAUGUAGCUUUAAGCAAAAUUGAAGGUUACAUAUUUAGUAAAUUGUGCUCAUGAUGAUUAUUCAAGUAAAAGAUGGUCCAGAAUAAAGAUAUGUUUAUUGUAAGGGUAUUCUGGAAGUCACAGGAAAAAUCCACUUAUUUUGCCCCAGGCCAUUUGGUAGUGUUAUACAAAGAGACUAAUACCGGUAAACUAAUUGGGAAGUACAAGAGAGGAAAAUGGUCUGUAACUGUGGAAUUGACUGUAGCAGCCUAAAUAUUGCUGGGGUUUGCUUUUAUUUUUCUUGAUGUGAUGAGGCUGUAUAGGAGGACAGAAAUAUCGUGAACCACAAUCUCUUGUCCUUCCCUUCAGUUAUGAAAGCACCACUUCUUAUCAUCUUUUGUCUGACUCUUAGAGAAAGUGUAAUUAAUUGCCAGGCUAGCUCUUUGCCCCAGGGAAGGAAAUUCAUUUUGAGGCUGCAACAAUCUGUACUCUUGUUCUGCUGUUCUCAAAGGAAAGGCAUUUUCCUGUAGUUUGGUUUUCAGCUGAAAAAUUACUACAUAAAAUUUCAUUCAGAGUGGAAACUGGCUUUUCCAUAUUGGUAGAUAAAGGUUAUGGGUCAUGGCCAAUUAAUGGGUAGGACAGAGGAGGUUAUUUGUGCAGUAAUUCAGGAGAAGAAUCUGUUCAGUGUCACCAGGGCUGCUCUGUCACACCCCAGACAUGAUGAAAUCUUAAUGGCUUGACUGGAAUUGCUUCUAGCAAGUCAGUCCAUGCAAGAACUCUGAUAAUUCUUUAUCAGCAGGAAUUGUGCAUGGCAGAUGCAUGUUGAAUAAAUAUACUAUAUAAAUCUGGAAGAGGUUUCUCAUUAACACUGUUCAGUUAUUCUUGUUACCUGAAGUGCACUUCUAGGAGACUAACUCCAAGUACUCAGAGAUGAAGGGAGGUGUUUCUUGUACUGGAGUUGUAAAAAGGUACAUGUAGAGGCCGGUGGAGGGUAAACCCUUACGUGCAAAUGGUUCUGGUUUAGUUCAUAGUCUUUAGACACAGAAGAGAGAUGUCUGGGGCCCAAAUCAAAAUAUGCUGAAUGUACACAUAAAUUCAUUACAUUUAAAGGGACUUCAUCAGCUUGAAUUGUAAUGCACUUGAGCUUAGCUAAGUCUUCUUUGCUCUAAGUUGUGAAACUACUGAAAGCUGAGUUAUAUAUCCUGGCCAAAAUUCUAUCAUUUUGUUUUGUUCCCUGAGGACUUUUUAUCUUUGAGACUUUUUUAUAUUUGAGAUUUAUGUAUUUAUGUACUCCUCUUGAAGCCAGGAGGCUUCCACGUGGUGAAAGGAUGUAAAGGUUGGUCAUCUAUGAAUAUGUGGCAGACGAGUGUCUUCUGGAUAGAACAAGGGGGAAAAUAUGCAUCUAAACAUUAAUUCCUGUUUUGUGUUAGAGUUGUCUACAACUUCUGGUAGAUGGAAAACGAAGUUCCUACAGAUGGGUGAUUGUGAAGAAUCAUUAUGUAGAUAUGUUACACAUGCACUAAGUUAUGCCUUAGAAAUAAUCUGCUUAAUUUAAUCUUACAUCAUAUAUUGUUUUAGCUUAAUUCCAUUUUCUAGGGAAAGCAGAUGAGUCAGUCAGUUUUGUCAGUCCUUAAUUAAACUUCCUAGCAGGGUUGCAUCUGAACAGUGAGACACUGAAGGAGUUGGUUAACUGUUACCAGGGUUUCUGUUUCACUUAAGUAUUACUAAUAAAGAGUUUUAUAAAAACGCAUAGAUCCUUUUGAUUUUACAAAACCUAUCACACUUUUUUUUUCUUUUGUUUUGGAGUCAGUUGCUGGGCUUUAUGUCCUAAAUACUCUUUUGUGGAUGGAUGAUUUACCUGUAA